AUGGCUGAAGUCGCUGCACCUCACAAGACUCCCGAAUGGGCGAUAAGAAAACGCAGAACGCUAGCACCAGCGAUAGUUUUCAAGUGGGAUGACUUGAAAGCUGUUGUCAUUUGUCCCUUUCCUACUUGCCAAAGUCUGCACACUCAUGGGUCUAACCGGGCACCCGAAGGAUAUCCCAAUAGCCGGCUUUCACACUGCAACAAGUUACAGCAAGAGUACCAGCUAGUCUGGCCAUUCGAAGCAGACAGCAUUGCCGAAGAGCUUGAGUUGGGAUUUGAACUUGUUGCGGAAAUGGACUUGAUAGACGCUGGUAUCUGGAGAACAAUUGGGACCGAUAUCGAGGACCCUGAAACAGAAGAGAUCCUCGAGAAAUCAGCGCAAGGAGCUAUUCAGGCUCCUUCUAGUGAAGAGCAUCUACUGGAGCAGCUGAAUUGCUUGGCGCUUGAUGAGGAAGAGUACAUGUGGUUUAUAUCCUACUGUGUCACCAAUGAUAUCGAACAAGCUGCACUUUGCUUAGAGAGCAUCAAUUCGGCCAAAACAUUUCUUCACAGAAAGGACUCCGACGGAAACACUGCGCUAGCUCUAGCCUGCAUGGAAGGACACUAUGAUAUGGUCAGAUUUCUAGUGGAGGAAGGAUCUCUGAUUGACCCCAAGAACAAGAGUGGAGAGACCCCAUUGAUCAUAUCACUGCGAUACGGUCGAACUGAGGUCGCAACAUACCUGGCCUCGUACGGUGCCUCAAUCUCGAGUUGUGACGGAAGUGGAGCUAGCGUACACUCUCACGCCAAAGAGCUUCUGGAGAGGCUGGAAGAUACCAGGGUUUACUGUCAUACGCCAUCCUUGUCAAACAGUAGCUUAUCUGGAAUAUCAAAAGUUAUCAAGGACACCAAUGGAAAAAUCGUUCUGAAAUAUCGCGAGGAUCCGAACCCUUCUGUCGGCAUGAGGUAUCGGGAGCAUCAGGAGAAAAUCGAUCGCGUACAGACCAUAAUCAAUGUUUGUAUCGUACACGAAGCUACACAAAAGCGCACAAAGAGACACAAGCAGAACCGUGCGCAUAAGGCAAAUGCAUUCAAGGUCUCCAUUUCCCGAUCUGUAGUCCAGACAAUGGUGACUGUAUUCCGUGAUGCAUACCAAAUCCCAAUGGCUGAUAAGAGAAAAACAUUUGGAUAUCUUGAGCGGGGAGAAGCAUACAACCUUGUAUUUGCAGUCAGCGGCUGGAGUGGAGGGGAGUUUGCAGAUAUCGAUGGGUGCGUUGAUCGAGAACUCUGGACGAAGAGGGUGUUUGAGUUCAGCAGAAUCGUGGGCCACAGCCUCAAACGCCAUGAAUACGAUCAUCUUGGUCGGGAGGGUACAGCAGCCUUGCUGCCGUGGUUCGGUGGCUUCUACGCUGAGAACGAGACAGUACGGGAAAGAUAUGUGCACCCGCUCAGAUUUGACGGUAUGUCUCCAUCACAGCUACACGCCCCGAAGAAUGGCGCUAAAUGUAUCUCAUCUAUAUCCCAGAACUCGUUCCUGGCAUUCGAUUAG